CACAGACGCCAAUUUUUACUUAUUUUCAAUUUUUUCCGAAAUGGGUGAACGCUACAAUAUCCACAGCCAGCUGGAGCAUCUCCAGAGCAAGUACAUCGGCACCGGGCACGCGGAUACGACCAAGUUCGAGUGGCUGACCAACCAGCACCGGGACUCGCUGGCCAGCUACAUGGGGCACUACGAUAUACUCAAUUACUUCGCCAUUGCGGAGAACGAGUCGAAGGCCCGGGUCCGGUUUAAUCUGAUGGAGCGCAUGCUGCAGCCUUGUGGACCACCCCCCGAGAAGCUGGAUGACUAAGCAAUCAUAUUAUAAUUCAUGAAAAUAAAUGUACAAAAAUUCCCUUCUA